AUGUCGUUCUUCGAGCCUCUACCAUCACUAUCAAACAACGGGCAAGCCCUGCCUUCCUUCACAAUGUGGCACAUCCUCGAACCCCUCGACGCCCCCUCCUCCUACCGCGACUCGCGUUCCUCCAGCAGCAAACACGAACAGCAACAAGCCCUCCGCGCCACCUCCACCCUCUACCUCGGCAAUCUCUCCUUCUACACCACCGAAGAGCAGAUCUACGAGGUGUUCGGUCGCGUAUCCUCCGUCUCCACCGGCGGAGGCAUCAAGCGUAUCAUCAUGGGUCUCGAUCGAAACACCAAGACGCCGUGCGGCUUCGCGUUCGUCGAGUUCUACACCCACGCCGAGGCGGUCGACUGCAUGCGGUACGUCAGCGGGAGCAAGGUCGACGAGCGUGUCAUCAGGUGCGAUCUGGAUCCCGGGUAUAAGGAAGGCAGGCAAUACGGGAGGGGAAGGAGCGGUGGUCAGGUGAGAGACGAGUACAGGCAGGAGUACGAUGCAGGGAGAGGUGGAUGGGGUCACAACAGGCUGAGGGAGGAGGAGGAGAGGAAAAAGAUGGAGGAGGAGCAAAAGAGGAGGAGCGAGAGAGAGCAGCUGUACCAGGAGGGUGUGGUGGGCAUGGAUACGGGUGGUGGAGGUAUGGUGCCCAUGGGUGGUGCGUACGAGUACAGCGAGUUGGAGGGUGAUGCGAGAGGUCAUGCUGGGGACAGAUCUGUGGGAGCAGGAGCCGCGAGUGGUUGGGGUGAAGGUACAGUGGAGAGCAGAGGUACGGCAAAAAGGGAAAGGAGCUAUGACGACGAUGAGGACGAACAGCUGUACGGCAAGAGCGAGAAGAAUCCCAGGUUCAGGGACGACGAUGAUGCCGAUGAAGUGUGA